AAAAAAUACGUAAUAAAUUAGAUAAUAAUAAUAUCAUAAUAAAAAAUUAUUAUGAAUUCAACUUCAACGAAACAGUCAACAACAAUAGGUUUAACACGUCAAACUUUUGAAAGUGAAGGUCCCUUAAAUACAAUGGAAAAAGGAGGUGGUUUUUUAGAUAACACUUUUAAACUUACAGGUUAUCGUAAAAGACGUUUAUCAAAAUUACCCGCUCCAGUUAUAAUUCCUACUCCUUCUAUUAUAAUUUCUCGUUCUCCUGUUAGUCCUUCAAAAUCUGAUUCAUAUUUAUUGGAACAACAACAACAACAACAACAAUCUCCUAAAGCUCCUCAAAGUCCAACAAAAAGAUUCGUUCUUAAACCAAUAUCUGCUUUAACUGCUGCUCUUCAACGUACUACAAUUACUGCUCGUAAAUCUUCUUCAAUGACUUUAUUAAAAUUUCAAAAAUCUCUUUCAAAUAAUAAUAAUCUUCAUCAUCAAAAAUCUUCUUCUCCUAAACUUUCCCCUUCUCCUCAAUCUCCAAAACCUCCAAAAUCUCCUAAAUUAUUAUAUAGAAAAGGUAGUAGUGGAUCAAUUCGUAAACGUUCUGAAAGUCCUACAAAUAAUUCUACUACUAAUGUGGUAGCUGCUGCUGCUGCCGCUGCUGCCGCCGCUGCUGCUGGUAGUAAUAAUACUAUUACUGUAUCUCAAUCUCCUACAAAUAAUUCAAAAAAUUCUUUUCGUUUUUGUAAAUCAAAACAAAAAUCUUUUACUUCUUGCAGAAAAGCUUUACCUAUUUCACCUUCUGAACUUGCUGAAAGGUUAAGAGAAUCUUGUUCUAAUAGUGCUAAAUUUGAAGAUGAAAAUUUCUCUUGUUAUUAUGAUGAAAAUAAUGGUAAUAUAAUUAAACCAUAUAGAUUACCAAAACCAAUUUUAAUAGAUGUUCGUAAUUUAUCUUUAUAUCAAAAUGAACAUAUUCGUGAUUCUUUUAAUGUCAAUCUACCUACUCUUUUAAUUAAAAGAUAUCGUCGUGGUAAUAUGAGUAAUUUUUCUUUGGAUUCUUUUAUAACAACUCCUGAAUGUAAGGAUAAAUAUUUAGAUACAAUAAAUGAGGAUGGUGGUAAAUAUUAUCAUGAUAUAAUAAUUUUUGAUGAAAUGAUGGAUGAAAACGAUAAAAUAAGUCCAAGUUGGACCUUAUUAAACGUUUUAGAAAGGGUUAUGUCAAGUUAUUAUGCAAAUAAUUCAAAUGAUAGUAUUGAUGAAAUAAAUGAAUUACCUAGGGGUAGAGUUUAUUGGCUUAAAGGAGGUUUUGAAGCUUUUAGAUCAUGGGAUCAAAGAGGUGAAUUUAUUGUUAAUGAUAUAGGUUCAAUGUCUGAUGAAAAAAAUGAUGAUAGUACUUUAAUGGAAUAUGAAGGUCAAGAACAAGGUUCAAAUUUAGUUCGUAGAGAUUCUUUAUUUUCUGUAAAUACUGAGAGAAGUUCUCUUAGACGUAAGAAAAGUGUAAAACAACCUAGUUUAGAAAUAAAUACACAACAUUAUCAACCACCACCACCACCAUAUCAACAACAAAAACAAUCACCACCUCAAUUACAAUUGCAACCACCAACUCCGUUAGAAACUUGUGGAACAAAGCAGGCUGAAAUUCCACGUGGGCGUCGUCCUUCAAAUGGAUUACAACAGAUAUUAACACCAACUUGUAAACUUGGAGAAACCUUGCCAUUUUAUCCAACUGCAUCAUAUGGAGUACACGACUUUUCUGAUGAUUCUUCACUUGAUACUCCACCUCCUGUAACACAUCCUGAGAUUGCAUUUGAAGUUUCAACUAUAAUUCCUGGAUUUUUAUACCUUGGACCCGAAAUUACAAAAGAGGAUGAAGUUAAACAACUUGAAGAUAAAGGUGUAAAGAGGAUUUUAAAUAUGGCUUUUGAAUGUGAAGAUUCUUUAAAAUUAAAAGAAAAAUUCGAUCGUUACUUAAAGUUAAAUAUUAAAGAUUCUAUUGAAGAAGAUGUUGAAAAAGGUUUAAAAAUCGCUGUAAACUUUAUUGAACGUGCACAAGAAGAUAAUACACCAAUAUACGUUCAUUGUAGAGCAGGAAAAUCACGAUCAGUAACAGCAGUUUUAGCAUAUUUAAUUAAAGCGCGUCAAUGGACGUUAAGACACUCAUAUGAUUAUGUAAUGGAACGUAGAAAUAAUAUUAGUCCAAAUAUUGGAUUUGUUGCAGAAUUAAUGAGAAUAGAGGAAGAUGUACUUGGAUUUAAAAGAAGUGGUGGUCCAAAUAGUGGCGCAGUCACCGAACCCAUUUCCAGGAAAAAAGAGGAGAUGAUGGAUAUGGAAGGUGUUGAACCAUUAGGCAGAUCACCCAAAACCGCAUUUUUUUAGAAAAAAAAAUAGAUAAAUAAAUAAGAUUUUUAAGAUGUUGAUUGAAAUCACAUCAUGAAAAAUCAUAUCUUUUUUUUUAUGAAAUCAAAAUCAAAAAUCAAUCAAAAUCAAAAUCAAAAUCUUUCUCACGACACGACUCACAUAAAUCGUUAAGAGUUACAUUAAUUUAAUAUUACCUUUUUAUUAUUUAUAAUUUAUCAAAAAAAAAUUUUUCUUAGUAAAAAUUUACUUGUAAUAUACUUUUUUUUUCUUAUUUUAUUUUAAAAGAGACGAAUUUUUUGAAUUCGCAUUAUUCUAGUUUAGAAAUAAUUAUAUAAUAAUUUAAAAGAUUUGAUCCAACACUCACUUGAACAAAAAAAUUCUUUUAUUUUUUUCUCUUUUUAUUUUUCUUUAAUAUAAAUAUUUUUUUUUUUCAU